CGUAAAAAAGUAGGUAUACGCCGCGGGCGCGUGAGCACUGCUGGCCGAGCUCGAGAGCAGUUCGUACUUACCGAGCAAUAGUUGUACUUAUAUACUAUACCUUCCUAGUGUGUCUUUUCAUAAAACCUUUAUAAAUCAUGUCAAAAGGAUGUGCACACGAGUAAGUUGUUGAUUAUUCACAUUCACUAUACAACCUGGAGAGACUGGAAUCACACGGCUUCUAUACCUGCGUGCACCACUGCUGGAUGCCAUCAUGAGAUAACCGACGAGUUUCGUUAAAAUAGUUAAAACGAUACGCCAGUAGAGGUGUAAAUAAACCAUGAGUUCACCAGUGCCAGAAGAUAUUACUGACAAUGCAGCUGUCACUCGACCUGGCAGUCAGACACAAGAAUGGGUUAAAUUUGAAGAAGAACCUGCUGGACCAGCAGCUGCAUCAACUCCAAAAAAGCCGGACCAUGCAGAUAUGCCAUCGAAAACAAGUGUUCCAGCACUUAUAAAGCCAGAAUCGGUGACUGUUGAUGUUAGUAAAAUCAGUAAAUCUUUGGAUGCAGCAGAUAUGGAGCAAAAGCAAAGAGAAAGCUACAGUGGAGCUGUGUUGGCAACUAAUUCCGUUCAAAUUAAUGUAGACAGAUCAGGGCUGAGUAGAUCAAUGACAAGUGAAAGUCCAGAAUCUAACCUACCAAGUUCUGGUGCAGGUGUUUAUAAUCCAAAAAGUGCCUCGCUGAAAACUAUAGACUUGAGAGAUGCCUCUAAUGGUAGAAACGUUAUAAGCACGCCCAUCGGCAAUAUUAGACAAGGUUUUGCAAAUGGUGAUACCAUUGUGACUCUUUUACCAGUUAACACUAAGUGGCCUUGGAUAACUCCAGCUAGGUUUCGUCCAGAACUAGUACCUGAAGAGCUCAUGGCACAAGGACUUACAUUAACAGUUGAAGAUUACGUAUACAUAAUGGAGCUUCUUGUAAACGAUGUUCGAUUCAACAUGUACAAUAUUUGCUACAAAAGGAUUCUUGUAGUAUGGAUAUUUACUGCAUUUGUAGUCUUACUUGGAUUAUUGUUCUCUGGAGUGACUGGACUCACAUUAUUUGGUUUAGGAGUCAUGUGGCUACUUCUAAAUGCUGCUGCCAUAUUUUUGUGUAUGUUCAUUAAAAUCAAGUUGAAUCACAAUUUAGAAAGGUGUAUGGCACAAGUUAAUAAGCACUUACUAAGACACAAAAUUUUACUGGGCCUUGAUGACAGAGGAAAGAUAUCCUGCCACAAAGUCAAUUUGUGCUUUAUUUAUUUUGACACAACUGACUGCAUUAAAAAGCUACAGGAGGUAAUCGAUCGAGAAGAGCGGGAGGGUCGGGUGUUAGGGAACGACGAGGGCAUGCGGACGCGCCGCCAACAAGAGCUUCAGCAGCGCAUGGACAUCGAUGAUAGUGACAUAGUCAUUCAAGGCGCAACGACGACGCGCGUCUCCCGCAAACAGGAGCGAGCCGAGCUGUUACUCCUGAGGUACGCGUCGCGCUGGUCGCACCAUUACGUGCGCCGUAGGCUCGACUUGGCCGUAGACUCGCAGGAGCGCAAUCGGAUCAGCACAUUGAACGCCCAGCCGCCACGGCACUGCAUCUCGGCCCGAUGUCCCUGCCAAUUCAUCGAAGAACAUCUCAAAUUCAAGCCCAAAGGAUACCCCCCUGGUUUUACAUGGUGUGCUUACUUUUCUGAUCCAGGAUUGAGAUUUGACUUGUAUGAGAGUUAUCUGCGACCUUAAUUUUUUUUUAUAGAAACGGCCUGAACUAAAGGUUUCCUAGAUGAUGUAAACAUUUUUAAAUGUCGAAAUAAAGAGCUGACA